GUGUCCGUUUUUGGGACUUUUGAAUUUUUGCCUUGUAUUUCGUUACAUGAUUCGAAUUUCUAAAAACUUUUUCGAUUUGUUUUUGUUUUGCCUGGGACAGCGUCGGACCAACCGCUUGUUUAUUUAGGUGUGCUCCCCAUCAUUUGAGGCAUCGGAUUCGGGGCUUCGGGCCCUGGACUCUGGACUCUGGACACUGGACUGUGGACUCCUACUAUCCUGUUGAACCUGACACUUUUCAAAUGAAGAAUUUAUCUUUUAGCUAAAGAUGCGAGUGCCACGAAAUCGUCAGAAGGCUCUUUUUUGGAGUCAAAAAAAUCAAAUAAAAUCUCAGCCGAAAAGAUUGAAAAUCUCAUGGACUACUUGGAGUCGCAUUUUAUCCCGAAAUACUGAUGAAUUCUGUCGCAAUACCACCAUUCAUGGAUUAAAGUACAUUAACAAUAGCAAAUUACGUAGCACCGAUAGAUUCUUUUUUGGCAUAGCUCUCCUGACGGUUCUGUCCUGUGCCAUUUAUCUCAUACAGGAUGCCUUCGAUAAGUGGAAUACCACGCCGGUUAUUGUGGGCAUCGAUCCGGAACUGACUUCUAUAACAAACGAACCAUUUCCGGCGGUGACCAUUUGCAAUCUUAAUCAGGCUUUGGCCAAAAAGGUUACCAAUUUGGCCAAGAGCUCGAUGGAGUUUGCAAUGCUGCAAUCGUUAUGCCGGAAACAAGUGGAUCUCAACAUGGUCACCGGAAAUUCCUCAAAUUGGGAGGAGUUUAUACUAAAUAUUUCUCAACCCUGCAAAUCAAUGGUAAUUGCCUGUCAUUUUGGCGCCGAUGAUUAUGAAUGUGCACGAUUAUUUCAUCCCAUUGUCACUGAUGAAGGUCUCUGCUGUGUCUUUAAUAUGCUUCAACCAAAGUUUAUGUAUCGAAAGAGCGUUCCUCUUUCCCAUCGCAAUAUGACCCUCCCCCUGGGUUUUCAGUCUGUAAAUUGGCACGCCGAAUUGGGCUACCGGCGACGUGGUUCUCCGACGGAUGAAGGUAUAUCCCUGUAUCCACGUCGUGCCCAGGGCACAGGUGAAUCGCUGGGACUAUCGCUGACCCUCGAUGUCCAAGCGGAUGCCUACUACUGCUCUUCGUCGAGCAGCAUUGGCUUUAAGGUCGCCCUUCACAGUCCCAACGAAUCACCAAAUGUACGCGAGACAGGACUCCUGCUGGCACCCGGCAUGGAGACGAAAUUGCGAAUAGAUCCGGCAAAGAUUGUCACGGAGAAGCACUUGCGUUGGUUGGAUCGCAAGUACCGGCGAUGUUUGUUCCGGAAUGAACUAAGACUCCGCUGGUUUGCUCACUACACUCAGAGAAAUUGUGUGGCGGAGUGCCUUUCCGGCUGGUUGCUCCGUCACUGCGGCUGUGUGACUUACUAUAUGCCGCGACUCCACUGGAAUGACACCACUUGUCCAGUGGGGAAGCGGGAAUGUGUGGAGCUAAUCCGUUUCAGGACCAUCGAGGCAAUGGAGUCCUGCCUGGAGCAGUGUCUGCCUUCGUGCUUUGAUUUGAACUUUAACGGGUUUGCGUAUUCCACAAAGAUCUCGCAUGAUGGCUUUCGGCAGACGCAUCCGAAUGGCCGAUGGAAUUUCACGGAUGCGUAUGUGGAGCGCAGUGUGGCGGUGGUGAAUAUGUACUUCAAGGAGCCUGCUUUCCGAGCCAACAAGCAAACGGAAUUCAUAGGCUUUUCCGAUUUCUUGUCUUGUGUUGGCGGUCUAAUGGGCCUAUUUUUGGGCUUUAGCUUCCUAUCCAUUGCCGAAUGUGUUUACUUUGCCUUGAUACGUCCCUGUCGCACUUGCACGGAAAUCAGACAACUUAAUCAACAGAGGACACAGCCCCUGACAGGUCAUAUUAGAUAUAUAACACCGGGAAAUUGGUUCCAGGCCGAGUUGGCCCCACAGCAGGCCAAAAGGCUACACUUUAAUCCUGCUUAAACUUAACAUUAUUAA